CGCUCAGGACGACGACGACGCACAACAACACGGCUGUGGCUCUCCACCGCUUGACGCACAUCUCCCUAAAAUAUUUCAAGCCGAUUUUUUAACCUUUUGCUGCAGUGAUCUAUUGUUAUUAGCAGUGAUAUGUGACAUUGGCACGAUAGCGCGUUCGUGUCGAUCAAAACUGUGAAGAUUUCGUGGGGCAAGUGUCGAAGCACUUGUUUGAGCUGAUAGGAAAUCCGACGGGCGAUAAGGCGAGGAGGGAAUGCAGGAAGGCUCAGUGUGCUUGGAGCAGCGGUAGGCGACGGGUGUGUGUGAUGGGCUGUGCUCCCAACCCCCUCCCACCUGACUGCCUAAUUGACACACCUCUCUUAUCGUCGCUUCACUAUCCACACGAACCCUCUCGUAGUGUCAACGCAACUCACGCCGGGACCUGCAACGCUGGUGAGCUGGCCUCGCCUCAGCGUGUGUUUUCUUAGAGGUGUACGUGUUGCCCCCCCCCCCUACCCUCGAGAGGGAGAUGUGAACACGUGAGUCUUGAGAUGUAAACACGUCAAGGCAUGGGAUCUGAACACACGUGAAACCUGCAAGAAUCCUCACUGGAAUCCAACACCACAAAGAUGUACACCUUGACGGCGUGGGGACGCUUCGGGGUGAUGGUGGCGGGGGCGUGUGUGGUGGGGGUGGCGGUGGUUGUGGUGGUGUGUGUGGUGGCGCACGGCUGCUGGCUCAACACCCUUCUCCUCGAUGACGAGGAGAGGCGACGACGGGAGAAGGAGCGUCAGAGUAUAUACAUGGGAGAGGCGCCCACAUUACGCCUUACUACCUACGCCAAGAGUCCCUCCGACCCGACCCCAGACCUGGCUCUCACGCCGGGCCAGACCCCGACACACACCAAGUACACAUACAUCAGUCCCAUCCACGGCACCGCAGAGACCAACUCCCUCCUGGGGGCGCUCUCCUCCAAGCGAGACUCCACCUACUCCUCCAUGUCUGAAUACUCCGGAAGGACUUCCCCGACCAACUCCUGCAGGAGCAGCGUGGGUGACAGCGUGGGAAGUGGUGUGGGGAGCCCGGUGGGGGGCGAGGCUCAGGGUCACCUGUCCUUCGGUGUGCAGUACAUCGUCACCAGUCCCGAGGCCAACACCGGCAAGCUCGUCAUCACCGUCCUCGGUGCCCAUUUCGGCCCCCCGUCACAGGAGGCGCGGGGCCUGGCGGGGCGGGAAUACUUGGGCAACGCGUGCGACCCCUACGUGAAGGUGGUGGUGUGGAGGGAGAGGAGGUCCAUCAGGAAGACCAAGUCCCCACCCCUUCAUGUCUUCAGAACCCGCACCGUCAGGCACACGCAGGACCCCACCUUCAACCAGUCCUUCGUCAUAGAAGCCUCCAAGAGUGACCUCAAGGAGCUGGUGGUGAAGCUGGUGGCCAUGGAUUCGGACAAGUGGGCAAGUCCAAGCACAGUGGGGGAGGUCACUCAACCACUUAGAGACAUAAAGAACCUCGCCAUCUUGGACCACCGAACUACCCUCAACUACUUCCUCGCACCUCCAAAAUUGGACCUCGGGGAGGUGCUCUUCGGCUUGAGUUACCUGCCGACGGCGCAGAGACUGUCGGUGUCUGUCAUCAAGGCGCAAAACCUCAAGUAUUCCAACGUGGUCGACGACCUUAAGGAUUUCUGUCCGUACAUCAGAGUGCUGUUGAUCAGCGGGUCGGGGCGGGUGAUGAAGAAGAAGAAGACCACCUGGAGGUCCAACACAGCCUCUCCCGUCUGGAACGAGACUCUGAUCUUUGACCUCGCUCAGUCCCAGGUGGAGCACGUGACAUUCCUGCUGGUGUUAUGCACGCGGCCGCCACAGAUGGCCGUCACACCCACCAGCUCCGACGCCUCCUACCACUCCGCCAACGUCCUCUCGGACGCUGGCCUAGCGCUCCCUGAUAUUGGCAGCUCACCGGUCCACGACCAGAACCAGAACAAGAAGCAGGAUAGAUACGUGGGUAAGGUGGCUCUUGGGUGCAGCGUUCGCGGGGAAGAACAGCGGCAGCACUGGAUAGCCAUCAUAGCUUCACCCAGGAAGGUCGUCUCCCAGUGGCACGCGCUGAAAUAGACUACAUUUUUUGAUCAUGGAAUAAGGAACAUAUUCUUCCAGCCGCGAAAUAAACGGAUAUGAGAUGUGCAACAGAGAUGUAGAUGUGAAAAUUGACAACCAGAGAAAAAAUCAAAUAAUCACAGUAGAUUAGAAUUGCAGUAAAAGUUAAAAUGUUUACACAAGCUUUGUGAACUAAGGUAUUAAACGAGUAGAACAAAUUUCCAAAAAUGAAAGGAGUUUAACAGUAAAAAGACAAUAAAGUGGGAAAAAUACAAAAAAUUGUGAAUGACAAAAGAUGCUAUUGAAGACACUUCUGAGUGGACGACUUAGGCCAUAUACAGUAGUUAUCUCCUAUAUAGCAACAAGCAGCUCAAAUAUUUGCAUAUAUUGUAUAUGUUUAAAACUGCGUAGGAUAAUCGGCUGGAGGGAGGGAUUGAGGGCCAAGUGUGGUACAGAUUACCUCUCUUAUCCCCAGAGUAACAGGGGUAAGGGUGGCACUGAUAACGACCUGACUCCCUCAUCCCCAGAGUAGCAUGGGUAAGAGUGCCACUGAUAACGACCUGACCCACACUCCUUUGGGUAAGAGGGACACGGUGGUAAAUAUGACCUGACUCCCUUCCCCAUAAAGCCAGGUCGCUCAGUUCUCGGCCGUCUGUGACACUUGUCCUUGCAUUAUAACUUUGUUUUUAUUUAUUUAUUUAUUUCCAGUGGGUGAAGCCUAAACAUUUUGGUGUAGGGGAAAGGCAUUAACUUGUAUUUUGUGUACAUAAUUGAAAACACGUAUGUCACUAGUUGAUGUAUAGUGGUUAGUACUUAGGGAUCCAGUAGUUUUAAUGAUAGCGAGGAGCCAGAAAGACAGAACAAAGCACACACACACACACACACACACACACACACACACACACACACACACACACACACACACACACACACACACACACACACACACACACACACACACACACACACACACACACACACACA